AUGAAACGCCUCGCCGUCCUUUACCUCUCAUUUAUCGGCAGUUUGGCCCUUGCGGCUAAAAAGAACCUCAUUAUUGACACAGACCUCUUCAGCGAUGUCGACUGGUAUUUCACGCUGGGCGAGUAUGCUAGCAAGGUAGCCUACCACUUCUCCGGUGGUAGCCUCCGCUGGGGCCAUGCCGAGGAUGCCUGGGACCCGGUGGAACUGUAUCGCAAGGUCCUAUCCGAGGCGGAAGACAGCAGCGUGACAAUCGUGUCGAUCGGGUUCCUGGAUAACGUGCGUCCUCCCCCGAAUCACCACUCACCCAAACACCCAAACACCCAAAACUAA